AUGGACGCCGUGCUGCUGGAGCACUUCCCCGGAGGCCUGGACGCCUUCCCGGCCGCCGCUUACUUCGAUGAAGACGACUUCUUCACCGAUCACUCCCCCCGGGACCCGCUGGAGGACGGGGAUGAGCUGCUGGUGGGCGAGCCAGCCGAGGUGGAGUUCCUCAGCCACCAGCUGCACGAGUACUGUUACCGCCGCGACGGGGCGUGCCUGCUGCUGCAGCCCGCGGCCCCGGCCGCCCCGCACGCGCUCGGCCCGCCGCCCCUGGGGGGCCCCGGCGAGCGGGAGGACGGCGGCGGCGGCGGCGGCUACUGCUGCGAGCCCGGGGCGCCCCCCGGCGGCUUCCCCUACUCCCCCGGCUCGCCGCCCUCGUGCCACGCGUACCCGUGCGCCUCGGCGGCGCUGCUGUCCCCGGGCGCGCGGCUGCGGGGACUGAGCGGCGCGGCGGCGGCGGCGCGGCGGCGGCGGCGGAUCCGCUCGGAGGCGGAGCUGCAGCAGCUGCGGCAGGCGGCCAACGUCCGCGAGCGGCGGCGCAUGCAGUCCAUCAACGACGCCUUCGAGGGGCUGCGCUCGCACAUCCCCACGCUGCCCUACGAGAAGCGCCUCUCCAAGGUGGACACGCUGCGCCUGGCCAUCGGCUACAUCAACUUCCUCAGCGAGCUCGUGCAGGCCGACCUGCCCCUGCGCGGAGGGGCCGCGGGCGGCGGCGCAGGCCCGGGCGGCGGCCGGCGCCUGGGGGCGGACAGCCCGGGCAGCCAGGCCCAGAAGGUCAUCAUCCGCCAUCGGGGCACCCGGUCUCCCUCCCCCAGCGAUCCGGAUUACGGGCUCCCGCCGCUGGCUGGCCACUCUCUCUCCUGGACUGACGAAAAGCAACUCAAAGAGCAGAAUAUAAUCCGAACAGCCAAAGUGUGGACCCCAGAGGACCCCCGAAAACUCAGCGGCAAAUCUUUCAACAACAUAGAAAACGAACCGCCCUUUGAGUUUGUGUCCUGA